AUGUCCAACUUUACCCCUCCGAGCACGUACAAGGCUUAUGCAUUCACGGAGAAGGGUGGUUCGCUCAAGCAGCUCACCUUUGAUUGGAAAGAUCCUCAGCUCGUCCCUACUCACCGGAGUCCGGUCGCCUACAGCGAUGAGGUCGUAAAGCAUCAAUCGAUGCCGCAAGUCAAGUAUCCCCUCGUCCCCGGACACGAAAUCAUUGGUGACGUCGUCGCGAUCCCGUCGACGGAGCAGCAUUGGAAACUCGGUCAGCGUGUAGGCGGCGGUUGGCAUGGUGGUCAUUGUGGCGUGUGCAAUCGCUGCAGAGUCGGCGAUUUCAUUACCUGUGACAAAGAAGACAUCAAUGGAAUUGCGAGGCAUGGCGGGUAUGCCGAAUUCGUUACCCUUCGUACUGAGGCUGUCGUUGGCAUUCCGGGAGAUAUGGAUCCCGCCGAAGUUGCACCCCUGCUCUGUGCUGGUGUAACUACUUUCAUUUCGCUCCGCAACAUGAACUGCAAGCCCCCAGAUAUCGUUGCCAUCCAGGGCAUUGGUGGUCUCGGUCACCUCGGAGUCCAAUUUGCAAAGGCCAUGGGGUAUCGCACCAUCGCACUAUCGUCUUCGCAAGCCAAGCGCGACUUGGCACUCUCCCUCGGGGCGCACUUCUAUAUCGCAGGUAGUCCCGAGGAGCAGGCGGCGGCCCUGCAGGAGUUUGGAGGCGCCAAAGUCAUCAUGACUACAGCUCCAGAUUCACAGAGCGUCCAGACGCUCAUAUCAGGACUCGGCAUAGAAGGGGAGCUGUUAGUCCUCGGGCUUGCGGGACAAAUCUCCUUCGACUCAGUGUCCAUGAUUAUCAAACGCCAUUCAGUACGUGGCUGGCCCAGCGGAAUUCCAACAGAUAUCGAGGCGUGUGUGCUAUUCGCAAAGACACACGGGAUCAAGACUAUGGUGGAAAUCUUCUCACUCGAUCAGGCUAAUGAAGCGUACGAACGUUGCGGCUCUGCGCAAUUCAGAGCUGUAAUAGUCCCGUAG